AGGUGCAAUUUGAAGAAGAAGAAGAAGAAUGAUGAUGAAUGUUAUAGGGUUGAGCCUGUUGGUGACUUCACUUGCAGCAGCGGGUAUCUUGUCUCCGAGUCCGAUCGCAGACACACAACAGAUUGUGAAAGAAGGGCACAGAGUUGUGGUUGUUGAAUACGACAAAGAUGGUAAGCAGAACACCAAAAUCUCAAUCUCCCCCGAACAACACCAUCACGAUAACGUCUUAGACAAUGCCAAAGAUAAGAUCAAAGAGGCUGCUUCCGUUCUCCCUAACAUGGGUAUGGGUCAAGGCAUUUCACACGACCUCCCUCCUCAUCCUCAAGAUGCGGCGGCCUUUCUUCAUGCUCCGACCGAACUCAUUUGCGAUGCCUUUGGAAAAUGCAAGCAUAAAAUUGCCACUGCUAUGGGCAAGGCCAAGGAUAAGUCUCAAGAGACCCUCCAUAACCAGAAGGAAGCAGCACGUGAUGUUGGUAAUACUCUUUCCGAUGCUGUUGGCAAGGCUAAAGAAACCGUCUAUGAUAAAGCCCAUGAUGUCCACGAAUAUGCAAGAGAGUCUGUUGAUAAAGCUAAGGACACGGGCCAAACCGUUAAGGAUCACGUAGUUAGAAACGUGUCGGAGGCGAGUGAUAGUGUGAAAGAUGCAGUGAAGCGUGUGGCAAGCAAUUUAUCUACGGAGACCCUCAAUCCUUUGAUGGGAGUGGCUAACUUGCUGGGGUUUGCCACGGCUUAUGGAAUGUGUGUGUGGGUCACGUUCAUCUCCAGCUAUGUGCUGUCGAGGGCUAUGCCAAGGCAACAAUUUGCUGUGGUGCAGAGUAAGAUAUACCCUGUUUAUUUCAGGGCCAUGGCUUAUAGUAUUGGGAUUGCUUUGUUGGGGCAUGUCUUGAGCCAUAGAAAUAGGCUCUUCUUCAGCAAGGCAGAAACAUUGCAAGCAUAUAACCUUCUCGCCUCGCUUAUAGCAGUUUUCGUCAAUUAUGUUUACCUGGAGCCUCGGGCCACUAAGUUGGUGUUCGAAAGGAUGAAAAUAGAAAAAGAAGAAGGAAGGGGCAGAGAGGAUAUGACUCCUGAACGAAACAGAACAGAAGAGCAUCAGCACACGGUUGAUCCUAAAGACACCGCAACAGCAGCAGCAUCACCCACAAAAGGGAAAGAGCAGAAUGCAGUGAGAUCGAGGAUAAUGAAGCUGAAUGACAAGCUGAAGAGAAUGAAUUCAUAUUCGUCACUGCUAAAUAUCAUGAAUCUCAUGUCUCUUACUUGGCAUCUGGUUUAUUUGACCCAACGAGUUCAACGCAGUUGCUAAACCAAAUACUAUUAGUAAUUGUUGUUUUCUGUGUUGGUGUUUGUAAUGAUGUGUUGAUAUUUGCAAAGACUUUAGUCUCUAGAUUUGUAUCUUUCGGGUUUAUGAAUACAUGCAGUGUCUGUCAGUCCUUGCAGUAAAGCAUAUUUAAUUUGUGUUAAGCUGCUAGUCUGAAACU